AUGAGUAAUACCAAUUUAGAUAUAAAAUCAAAUGGGGAUAAUAAUUAUGAGGACAACAAAAAUUCAAAGUCACAAAUUUUCUCUGAUAGUGAUGACGAAGAAGUGGAGGCAUUUUCUAUUGUAGUAAACAAAGAAGGAAAAUUUUACAAGAAACUUUAUAGUUUUAUCCAGUCCAAAGCCGAAUAUAUUUCUUUAAUCCUAAGGUCACAAAAUGUAACUAAACAUGAGGAUUCUAUGCCCAAAUGGGACUAUAAAAAAACAUAUAAAAAACCGAUACUGAAAAAAAAAGAAAAUGACAAAGAUCGAGAAAAUGCUCUAAAUACAAUUAAUGAAAUAGUAAAAAAUAAAUUCUCAAAAUAUUCUGAAGAUCACAUUAAUUUGUACAUGAAAGAGAUCAUAGCUAACCCACCCCAAGAAAAAUGCUCCUUACAUAAUGUUUUUUUCCAAAGAGACGAAAAAAAAAUGUUUAUAAAACACAACUUAAUUAGCUAUAUUUUAAAUUUUAUGGAUUUUCAAACAUUAAUACGAUUUAAAGAAUGCUCAAAAAUAGACAAUGAAGUUGUGAGUUUAUAUCUCCGAAAAAUUUUAUAUUCACUAUCUUUUAAAGACAAUGAAAUAAAAACAAAUAUACAUUAUUGGAAAAAUGUAAUAAAUUAUUUUUUUUUAAAAACUGGUACAUUGAGACCAAUAGAUAGAACAAAUUAUUCUUUAGUUUUAAAUGAAUUAGAAAAAAAUAAAAGUUUUUGUAUUAUUACAAAAGAUUCAAUGACUUCAAAUAUAUUUAUAAGUUUAGAUUAUUUUACUGAAAAUUUAAUCAAAACUUGUAACCACAAUAAUCCAUUACCACACACAUGUGAUGAUCAAAAUGAAAUAAAAGGGACUGUAUAUUUCAAGUCAGAAAAAAUAACACUUACUCAAUUUAUUUCUGAAUAUUAUAAAAGAUUAAAAAUUAAUGAUGAUGAAUUAAUGUGGAAUUUAUUUCAUUUUAGAAAACAUCCAGAAUUUUUAUCAUUGCUUUUUUUAGAGUAUGUUAAAUGUAUGUUAUCUAUUCUUAGUAAAUAUAAUGGUUCUUGUACUUUUAAAAAAACUGAAUAUUUAGUUAAUUCAGGUCAUCAUAUUUCUCAUCGAAUAUGGAUACAAAUGUUUUAUGAGUAUGGAUAUGAGCCCAUCAAAGAAAAAAAUAAAGUAACACAAAAGGGGGGACCCCAAGAAAAUAAGUCAAAAAACACAAAACUGUCUUCUUCCCUCACUAAUAAUAAUAAUAAUAAUAGAACUUUAUAUUUAACCAUUGCAGACCACUAUAAAUGGGAUGCAUAA